AAAUGGAAGCGAAGUUCUUCACUCCUGGUGACAUCAUAGCCAUAAAGCUUGGAGACAUCAUCCCUGCACAUCCUCGCCUGCUCGAAGGAGACUCCUUGAAGAUUGAUCAGUCUGCUUUAACUGGCGAGUCAAAUUUUCAAAGUCUUCGCAAGGGAAACAAAGAGAUCAUGAAGAAUUAUUGGCGAAACAAAUCCAACCUCCAGCCCAAACGAAGAAUUGAUCGACAACUGAGAAAAAACAAUCAAGAGCUCGCGCAUUGCGAGCACAAGAAGAUGAAGAGCUGAGACU